AUGGAUAAUUUACGACAACCAGAAAGUCGUCGUACAGAUAAAAGACCCAUUUGUGGCCGGAAACGAGUUAUUUCUGAAUCUGAUGUCAACAACGAUAGAUCAGAAGGUGAAAUUUACGAAAAUUCAGACCCUGAUUUUCUUUUGACUCAAAAGAAGUAUAAGAUCCCGAAGUUGGAUAAAAAGAGAGCCGGGGGAGAAAAUCUGGACAUAAUACAACAAAUUAAUGAAUUGUUGGAGCAAUCUAAUGAUGAAAGAGAUCAUCAAGACCAUGAAAAAGAUGACGACUCAGAAAACGAUUUUGAAAAGUUUCUUGAACAAGAAUAUUCUGUUGUGGAUAAAGUUGGCAAUGUUUUGCCAGCAAAAGUUGCUGACAUAAUUAAACACAUGUUUAAUACUAAGCAAGCUGAUGAUCGGUCAAAAGGAAUAAUGGAAAAAUACCUGAGACCAGGGAAUAUUGAAUUAUAUCCUCAAAAGAUCAAUACAGAAAUUUGGGGGCAUCUGAAAAAGGAAACCCAAUUCAAAGACAUUGACUCUUUCAAAUUGAGUGAAAAUUGA